CAUACACCUUGUACACGCGCACCUCACAUACACCUUGUACACCUACGCACCUCACAUACACCUUUGGUAUUUUGAAUAAAUUGCGCCAAUGAUUUUCCCGCCUUAAUCUCGUAGUUCCCAGAUGAUUGAGCAUAAACGUUGCUGGCAACCUGGUCAUUUGUCAUGGCGACAGUCGCCUCCCAAUAGGAUGAGUUAUCGUCUUAUCUUUUUUUUUUUUUAAUUGCUGCUGUGUUUUUUAUUCGUGUUUUACUGAUUACAAGACUCGAAAUUGACGAUAUUAUAAUAUAAUAUCUUCAUCUCCUUGCAUAAUAAAUUACAUCUUGCUUAAGAAAUAUGAUAACAUUUGCUUCACCGCGUGAAUAUUUGAGGCCAUUUGAAGCCAUUUUCAGCUGUGUUUAGCCAUGUUGUUUGUGUUCUCGUGAGUUGGCUGUAUUCCGGUGUUACGUAAUUUCACCUGUUGGAGACUAGUUUGUUAUUUUUCGUGCUUCCUUUCGUUUGGUGUUUAUUUUCCCUGCUUCUUUUCGCUCAAAACACGAGCAAGGUAUUUGAAGGAUGUGGUUGAUACGGGGGUAAACUGAACGCAAAGCAAAAUUCUAAUUUCACGGUUUUUCAUUAGCGUGAGAUGAAUGAGUGUAAAUCGGUGUAUUUAAUUAAGCAAGCCCGCGUACGCCUUCCACUUACUUUUGUUCGUUUAUUUUGUACUUAGAAGUACACAUAUCAGGAUUUUAUUGCACACAAAAAGCUUAGGCAAAUCUGAAGAGAAGAUCUUGUCUUAAUUCUUAAUCUUCGUAUGAAAAGUUAAUGAAUAGCCCGGCAAAUAUGACUUUUUGCCCAAGUUUAAUAACUGUUAAAACUGUGUAUAUGUAGUGUCAACAUAAAGUGAAUCAACCAAAAAGAACAAACUCUAGAGGGACAUGAACGUUACUGAGGUUUAUUUAGUUUGUAUUGUACGAUUUGGCAAUACGAAUAUGUCUUUUGUUGGCAACUCGUUUUUUGCUAGGAUUUCCUCCCGCAAAUGAUUGUUCAAGUUAAUACGCAUUGAUCCAUGGACAAAUUGAUGCAACGGAUUAAAAGUGAAUACCAAGCAAUAGGCACGUUGUGUCAACCGCGAGUCAAUCAUUAUUCGCCACGAGCGAACACGUUCACUUUUCGCUAGAAGCAUGACAAGAUUUUUGAAAAAAAAAAAAUGAACUUGUGGUAGUUGUUAAUGACGAGCUUUUGGUAUAAAUGUGCCGCAGCUGCUGCAGUCAUUUCAAUAUUUAAUGAGUCGCCGAUUUCACCCGACGGUCAAUGGAUUCAUCGUUAGAUUGCGUAGCUUGGGAACAUGCCGCCAUUUGCGCGCGCUGAUGUGACUUUUUCGUGAACAUGAGAAAAACUGAGGUCUCGCAUGGCAUCUACACAAGCCCUGGAGAUCGUAGGCUUGUUAUUAACGUGGGGGGACGAAGGUACGAGACAUUCCAGAGUACUCUCGCUAGCAUUCCCGAUACUCGGCUGGCUUGGAUCGCGGGGAGACCGCACGAGACCCCAGAGUAUGACACAAGCCACAACGAGUACUUCUUUGACCGCCACUCGGCCAUUUUUGAGGAUAUUCUCAACUAUUACCGUACCGGCAAACUACACUGUCCGCGUGGGGUUUGCAGCGCUGUAUUCGAGGAGGAAUUAUCGUUUUGGGGGAUUGAUGAGGAACAAAUGGAGCCAUGUUGCUGGCCUGAAUACACUCGCCAGAGAACAGCCAUCGAGGACCUGCGGAUAUUCAAUGGGAAUGCCUCAGAUGCGAGUUUGAACUCGGAAAAUACAUUGAAUAACGCGGACUGUGUUUUGCCUGGCCGCAAGGCGUCAGAAGACCGUAAAGGCCUAAGAGGAUUUUAUAGGUUGGUUCAACCGAUCAUAUGGAGAACCCUAGAAGAACCUUUCUCCUCUUGUACAGCUAAGAUAACUGCGAUCAUCUCCUUGGCCUUCAUCCUACUCUCCGUUCUCGACUUCGUCAUGUCCAGUGUACCCGUUGUGCCCUACCAGUCCACGCCUAGCGUGAUCGAGUACGUUUGCGGCAGCUGGUUCACCUUCGAGUUCAUUCUCCGUACCGCCUUCUCUCCUUCCCUGCGCCGUCAGUUUAAGAAACCGAUGACAUGGGUGGACAUAGGCGCUUUGCUGCCUUUCUACCUGCAGUUCUUUAUUGACGUAGGCGACAUGGAGCGCAUCAAGAUCUUUAUCAUGUUCAGACUCUUGCGUGUGUUCCGCUUGUUUCGGUUCUCCUACAGGCUCCAGAUCAUGGCGCUCGCGCUCAAAGGAAGUCUCCAUGAGCUUGGCUUACUUCUCCUAAUUCUUGUUAUCUCCGUCAUAUUUUUUUCAACGCUUGUGUUUUACACCGACGGGGAUAACAAACGCUCCAAAUUCCAGAACAUUCCCAAGUCGUUUUGGUGGGCUAUCAUCACCCUGACGACCGUGGGGUAUGGUGACGACACGCCCGUCUCUUGGUCAGGGAGGAUUGUGGGUAGCGCGUGUGCGCUGUGGGGGGUGCUCAUGAUCACUCUCCCCAUCUCUAUCGUGAAUAGUAACUUUUCCUUGUACUACGCUCACGCCAAGGCCAUGCUAAGGCUACCCAAGAAAGUCGUCAAAGAGACCUUCUCUCCGGGAACCAAGCGCUAUCUCAGCUAUCUCUCAGCCUUAAACUCAGAUAUUAACUUUGACGGUCGAUUUGAGCGGGAGCUCAAAGUCCACGGUGGUCUCCCCAGUCCCUCGCAGUCAAAUAUCCAUCUGGCUGUGGGGGCUCUGAGGAUGAGUUCGCGCAAAAGCACGAGUUUGUCUCCGUCACGCAUUCGAAGAAUGUACGACAAACCCCGCCUGAUAAGACCUGCUGUCAGAUUGGACACACUUAUCCCGCCACCCAUUGCGGUCACCCGCGAGCGCAGCGACUCGCUCAACACCGUCAACAUCGGCCUGCUCCCCCCGGACUGGGACGGCGACUUGGAAAUGUUGUAUUACACUCAAGAGGACAAAGAACAAAGCGAGGGGGGGGAGGGAGAACUUCACGCAUUCCCCCCCAGGCUACCCCCUAGUGGGGCUAGCAGGAGCAAUUCUGCCGUAGAGGGGAGGGACGGAAUUAAACGGCAAGCGCUGACACUGUGGGGAGGGGACGAGUCCCAGCCAGGCAGGAGCAAUUCUGCCGUAGAGAGAAGGGACGGGACACAAAGGCAAGCUCUUACUGUGUGGGGAGGGGACGGGUUUCCCCCGGGUAGAAGCAACUCUGCCGUGGAGGGGAGAGACGGAUCACGGAAAAACUUGACUGUGUGGGGAGGGGACGGGUUCCCCCCGGGUAGAAGCAACUCUGCCGUGGAGGGGAGAGACGGAUCACGGAGAAACUUGACUGUGUGGGGAGGGGAUGGGUUUCCUCCGGGUAGAAGCAACUCUGCCGUGGAGGGGAGAGACGGAUCACGGAGAAACUUGACUGUGUGGGGAGGGGACGGGUUUCCCCCGGGUAGAAGCAAUUCUUACGCGGAGAGGAGGGACGGAUCAAGGAGAAAUUUGACUGUGUUGGGAGGGGACGGCUCUCCCCCGGGUAGAAGCAAUUCUUACGUGGAGAGGAGGGACGGAUCAAGGAGAAACUUGACUGUGUGGGAUGGGGACGGGUUUACCACGGAUAGAAGCAAUUCUAACGUGGAGGGAGGGGAAGGGACAAAGCAUGAGCUGACUUUCUUGGGAAGGGAGUGGUUUUCCUCGGGACGUAAAUUAAGGAGCAUGAGUUCAGAGACUCAGUGCUGAUCAGUAACAAUGACGUCACAAUGGUCACAUUUCGGUAAUGCGGCACUCUCGAGCUUGAUAGGAUAAGCGUGUGAUUUUCUUGUUGUGUGUAUACAGCUGAUCUAUAAAAGGGUGGUAAUUUUAGAAAAUGUGACUCAUGAAUCUAUUUUUCGGGAAGAAAUGGUUGCAUGCUCGAAUUUAUUCUGCUUCGCAAACAGUCCUCUGUAUUGGCCUGUAACCUGACAUUCAAUAUGCACCGAAUACGUCAUGUAGAAUAUAUUGUGUUUAGAUGGACACCCUAUUGAAGAUCAGCUUUAUAUAAAAUCAAACAAAUACAUACACAACUAACACUGUCUCUCUCUAUAAUAUAUCAGAAAAUAACAAUUUUUUACCACAGUUUUUGAUUUGACAAAAAAGCCUUGUAUAAAUGUCUAUCUUAUUUGUGUAUAUUAGCAAUAUUCCAUAUGUGAAUUUUAUAAACUAGAUUUCAUACUUUGUCAUGCUGGUCACUCCUUUGGUAAUAGAAGUGUAACGGAAUGUAUGCAUAAUAAUGAGUUAUUAUUUUUCUA